AUGAAGGGUUACGAGCGUGGAGGCUCUCCACAGCCUCCCAGUCACCCGCCGGGCGCACCUAGCCCAGGAACAGCACAGAGUGCAGGAGGACUCUCUCCGACGCAAGAUUCGCAGCAUCCUCCUCACUUACCACCCGGAUCUCAACCACCGCACCAGGAUCUGACCGGUCAGAAUAGCAAUGACUCGGGCGGCAGCGGCGGCGCGGGGCGCGCAUCCACGCCGCACUUGAGGCCCACGCCGAGUCCGACAGGCUCGAGUGGAUCGCGAUCCAUGUCACCGGCUGUUGGUACCCAGAACGUACCGAUGCCACCGAGGCCAUCGUCGUCGCUCUCGGACGGCGGCGGUCCGACCGCGCGGGCCGGCUCGGGCGCGGGCGCGGGCGCCGGCCCGCCACCGUCUGCAGCGCCACCGCCGGGCGCGAUGCUACCACAGCCCUACCACCACGGGCCCUACAAACCGGCACCCUAUCCGCCGCAGCCCUACGCGUACCCGCCUCGCAACCAUCAUCCCUACCCGUACGGAGGCUACCGGCCGACGCCACCGCCACAUCCUUCACAACACUAUCCGCCACUUAAGCAGGCAGGGCGGCACAUGGGCCCGCCAGGCGAAGCCAUGCCACCGCCCACCGCGCCGGGCGAGCCUCACGACAAUGGCCCUGCGGCGCCUGCUACAGCACUGGUCACUACAGGGCCUGAUGGCACACCACUCGAUGAAGGCAGCCAACAGAGCACACUUAGUAAUGCGUCCGCUGCGUCCGGCGAGGAGCAGUGCGGCACGCCGAAGGGCUCGCGCAAGGAGUACGGCGCGGGCAGCGCGGCGCCCUCGCCCUCGCCCGGCGGUGCCUCGCACUCCUCUGCGCACGACGACUACGACACCUCGCCCUCGCCCUGGCCGCGCCCGCCUUCUAGCCCUGUAUUUAACAGUCACAUAGCGCCGGAGUCCUACAGAUCAAAGAAGUCGGACUCGCUGGGCAAGUUGUACGAGAUGGACGACGCGCCCGAGCGGCGCGGCUGGGUGGAGCGCCUGCUGGCCUUCAUGGAGGAGCGCCGCACGCCCAUCGCCGCCUGCCCCACCAUCUCCAAGCAGCCGCUCGACCUCUACCGCCUCUACCUGCUCGUGCGCGACCGCGGCGGCUUCGUCGAGGUGACGAAAAAUAAAACGUGGAAAGAUAUUGCGGGUUUGCUCGGCAUCGGCGCGUCGUCUUCGGCGGCUUACACGCUGAGGAAGCACUACACGAAGAACCUGCUGGCGUACGAGUGCCACUUCGACCGCGGGGGCAUCGACCCGCAGCCCAUCAUCAACCAGGUCGAGGCGUCCACUAAGAAGAAGGGUGGCAAGGCUAACAGCACGGCGAGUGCAGGCUCGUCCAACGCGGCGGAGCAGUUCGGCGGCGGCGGCGCGGGGCAGGGCGGCGCGCCCAUGGACGGCUACCCCGCGCACUACGCGCCCUACCCGCCGCAGCCCGCGCAGCCGCAGGGCGGCGGGCCGGGCGGCGACAACCUCGCCGCCUCCAACCCGUUCGACGAGCCGCCGGGGCCGAGGCGACCCCCAGGCUAUCAGCAAGGUUACGGGUAUGAAUAUGGAUCUCCUUAUCCGUCGAAUAGGCCUGUUUACCCGCCCUACGGUCCCGAUGGUGAUAGGGGCUACGGGUCGGGCGGCGAGUACCGGUACGGCGGCUACGGCGGCGGGUACCGCGCGGGCGCGCCGGCGGGCGGCGCGGCGGCGGCGCAGCCCGCGCCCGCGCAGCCCGCCGCGCCGCCGCCCGCGCAGCCGCCGCACCCGCCGCACCCGCCGCACCCCGCGCACCCGCCGCACCCCGCGCACCCCGCGCACCCGGCGCAGCCCUACCCCGACUACUACCGCCCGCCGCACCCGCACCCGCACCCGCCGCACCCGCAGCACCCGCCGCACCCGCCGCACCCACCGCAUCCGCCGCAUUCGCCGCAACAGCCACACGAGAUGUCCGGAGGCGCGCUCAUGAGCUCGCAGCUCGCGCGCCAGCUCGUGGCGCCGCUGCCGUCGCCCGUCCGCCCCUACUACGCGAAGGGAGGAGCGGCGGCCGGAGCGGCGGCGGGCGCCCCGCGGCGGCACCCGGACUUCGCGAAGGCGGAGGGCGGGUACGCGGGCGGCGCGCGCUUCGCGGGCAGCGCGUGGGCGGGCAGCUUCCCGCGCUCGCCGGCGCCGGCGUGGCGCGCGCCCGGCCCGCCGCACCACGCGCCCGCCUGGCACGCGCACCCGCACGCGCACGCGCACCCGCACCAGCCCUACCACCCGCCGACGGCGGGAGGCGCGGCGUGGGGCCCGCGGCCGCCGCAGGAACUGCCGCCCGCCGCGCACUCGCCCGGUGCAACGUCUGCCGUCGGUCAAAUAAAAAGAGAAUUGACGUUCCCCGCGGAGUGUGUAGAAGCGACCGUACCUUCCGCAGAAAAGCGGCGUCGUCUUACGAAGGCCGACGUGGCGCCGGUGGACGCGUGGCGCAUCAUGAUGGCGCUCAAGUCGGGACUGCUCGCCGAGACCUGCUGGGCGCUCGAUAUCCUGAAUAUACUCCUCUUCGACGACAACUGCAUAGGCUAUUUCGGGCUCCAGCAUAUGCCCGGAAUGCUCGAUCUGCUGCUGGAACACUUUCACAAGAGCUUGACGGACGUGUUUGACGCUCCUGCGACCGAAAGCGAGCCGUGGUACGCGCCGCCCACUAGUCCGGAACCUGCGGCUAAGACGCGGCGGAGAGAGGAACCGCCGGAUCCCGGCGACCGAGUGCGCCUACUCUCCUGCGAAAACUACACGCUCGAGUCGCGGCGGCGCCUGCCCGUAACUCUCGCAGCCCGCCCCGACGAAGAUCUGUUCGCACCCGAGGAUCCCGAGCCCGACCGAGAUGUCGGGGACGUACUCGAGCCCUGGCAGCUGGGCGGUGAGUCGGACGGCGGCGCGCACGUCAUGCCGUGCUUCCGCGGUGAGUUCGUGCACCUGCCCUUCGUGCGCGUGCUGGACGGCGCGCGCGCGCCCUCGCCGCCCGCCGCGCCCGCGCCCGCCGCCUCGCCGCGCCCGGAGCCCGCGCCCGAGCCCGAGCCGCGGGAGCCCUCCGCCGAGCCCGAGGGCGACAACCUCGAGGCUGAACCGAUGGAUCUCGAGCCCGAGCGUCGGCCCUCGUUGCAAGUCCGCGACCCCGCCGGCGUCCUCAAGCGCCGCCGGCUCGAAGACUACGAGGACGAGUGCUACACGCGGGACGAGCCGAGUCUCAACCUCGUCAACGAGUCGCGGGACGCCCUCGCCAAGCGGUGUAUAGCCCUCUCGAACAUUUUGCGAGGCCUCACCUUCGUGCCCGGGAACGAGGCUGAGUUCUCGAGGUCGGGGGCCUUCCUCGCGCUCGCCGGCAAGCUGCUGCUGCUGCACCACGAGCACGCACCCCGCGCGGCGCGCGCCCGCGCCUACGAACGCGCCGCGCGCGACGAGGUGGACGUCGACGCGUGCUGCUCCAGCCUGCGCGGCGAGGGCGAGUGGUGGUGGGACGCGCUGGCGCAGCUGCGCGAGGACGCGCUCGUGUGCUGCGCCAACAUCGCCGGCAGCGUGGAGCUGGCGGGGCAGCCGGAGGCCGUGGCGCGCCCGCUGCUGGACGGCCUGCUGCACUGGAGCGUGUGCCCGGCCGCCGUGGCGGGCGACGCGCCGCCCGCGGCCGCGCCCGGCUCGCCGCUGUCGCCGCGCCGGCUCGCGCUCGAGGCGCUGUGCAAGCUGUGCGUGACGGACGCCAACGUGGACCUGGUGCUGGCGACGCCGCCGCGCGGGCGCAUCGCGGCGCUGUGCGCGGGGCUGGCGCGCGACCUGUGCCGGCCCGAGCGGCCGGUGGUGCGCGAGUUCGCCGUGAACCUGCUGCACUACCUGGCGGGCGCGGGCGGCGCGGCGGCGCGCGAGGUGGCGCUGCACGCGCCGGCCGUGGCGCAGCUCGUGGCGUUCAUCGAGCGCGCCGAGCAGACGGCGCUGGGCGUGGCCAACCAGCACGGCGUGGCGGCGCUGCGCGACAACCCGGACGCCAUGGGCACGUCGCUGGACAUGCUGCGGCGCGCGGCCGCCACGCUGCUGCGCCUGGCCGAGCACGCGGAGAACCGGCCGCUCAUCCGCCGCCACGAGCGCCGCCUGCUCUCGCUCGUCAUGAGCCAGAUCCUGGACCAGAAGGUGGCGCACGAGCUGGCGGACGUGCUGUUCCACUGCAGCCAGCAGCGGCCCGACGAGCCGCGCCCGGGGGACGACUGAAGUGCCGCGGACUUGUUGUGACGUGUUGUGACGUGACCCGUGACGCUGUGACUCGUGAUCGUGAUCGUGACUCGUGACGCGGCCCGCGCCGGACUACCGCUGGGUACGUGUACAUAUAGUGAUUUGGCGCGCGCCGCGUUCGCGCCGCCCGGCGCUCGGUCGUCGGGCGUUAGGCUGUACAAUCUGAAUUUUGUUAUUUAUGUCCAUGAUGAUUUAUUUACAAGAAUGUCAAUGUGCUACAAUCGAUUUCUAUUGUUCGAUUGAAAAACAGAUGUAUUAUAACUCGUAAUUUUGAUUUUUAUAAUAAAAUGGGACUUCGAAUCUA